GUUUUCAGUAAGCGUCACUUCCGGGAAUUCGGAGGUUUAAUCAGAGCUGGAGGAACAGGACCUGGUCCCGUGAGGGAUUUUUUUUUUUAAAAACAAAUUAAUUGCUCGUUAGCUUUGUAAUAUGUCUUGUGUAAGUGUUGUAGUGACGUAAUCAACCUGCGACAAAGGGAAAGCGGUUUCUAUGAAAAGCGAAAGAGGAAAUGCGCCUUUUCCUCCUCCAGGACUCCUGUCAACAUGGCGAAGUGUCAGCGGAUUACACUGUAAAUCUUCAUUAACCCACCGCAGAGGCAAUGGGCGCAGACAGCGAUGCAGGAGCUACUCCAGCUGUGCCAUGGCGUAAAGUGCUGUAUGAACGCCAGCCCUUCCCUGACAACUACGUGGACCGCCGCUUCCUAGAGGAGCUUCGACGCAACAUCAGAGUGCGUCAGUACAGCUACUGGGCAGUGGUUCGAGAAGCCGGGCUGGUCUCUCAGCAGCUCUCAUGCGUGGCGCUGUUCCUGACGCUGUGGUCCUACAUGGAGCAGGGAGAUGUGGGUCCUUCGGCGCUGCUUUGGACUGGCCUGGGAUGUUCAGUGCUGGGAUACAUGCUGUACGAGGCUCUGGGAGGAGGAACCUGCCGAGAGCGAACGCGCUGCGCAGACCUGCAGAGCGCUGCCGUGUUCAUGGCCUUUACCUUCGGUUUCUCGCCAGUGCUCAAGACGCUGACUGAGUCGGUGAGCACGGAUACUGUGUACGCCAUGUCCGCUGGCAUGCUUAUGGCACACCUGGUGUCUUUCCCCUACACACAGCCGAGCCUGCCAGGCAGCCUUUCGCUCAACGCAGCGCUCUUUGCCUCUGUGUGCUUGGCAUCGCGCCUGCCCGGGACCCUGCACACCUUUGCCAUGCUGAGCUGCGCCCUGCUCAUCUUUGCACUCUGGCCGUGUCUGCUGCAGAGACUGAGACACGCGGCUGAGUGGACUUUCCCCUGGGCAGCCGGGAUGGUGUGUGUGUGUGGAGUCGUAGGUGUUAGUACUUUGUGGCCCGCUGGAGCUCUUCUCCUGUUUCUAGCUCUAGUAGUACUAACGUUAGUGUGUCCGCUGCUGCUGGUGCGUCUACAGAGGCACAAAGACAACAUCCACGGGCCGUGGGACGAGGCCGAGAUCAGAGAGGACCUGUCCCGCUUUCUGAGUUGACAUGAAUGUGGAUGUCACAGGAUGGGCCUUGUUUAGCCUAUAUAUUAAACCAUAAAUAUGUCUUUAUAAUUGUACACUGCCUGUUUUGGGCGCUGAUGCAAAAGGGCUGCUCAUCUUGUAUGUUUGGCACUUUUACAUUAAAUCUCAGGGAAAAGCACAACUUUAGGAAUGGACUGCUCAGUUUAUGAAACAACUACUAGUUUAUUCACUAAAGUUCUAAAUAACACAAGGCAUAACUUACAAGUGAUAACUGGAGCAGUAUUUUUUAAAAUGUGUUAUUAAAAAGCUACUAAACUACUUGGAAAUAUGAUUAAUACCGUUAAUAAAUGUUUUAUUUAUUGUACAUAUAAUAAAGAUUAUGUAUUCAAGAUCACAACAAAGUGAGUCUUUUAACCAAACAUCCAAAAGAACAAGAACAUGAUGCAGCUUUGAAAAAAUGGUAAGAGUUUAUCUAGAGCCAAAGAUUCUUCUACCUGAAUAAUUAGAGACAUCGUUUAGGGAAAACGGAGGAAUGAAGGCUGUACCAGUUUGCUGGGUCUAGCUUGAAAAUUCAGGUAUCACAGUGAAGAGCUGUCUAUGCUGUGAUGAUGGAGGGAUGAAAGAAAAGAUAGCAGGAUUGGUAGAGGAGUGCUGUUAGUAUGAAGAGAGAUGAUAGUCUUUGGGUCCAACCAUUACGUUGACUGUGAUGGUUCUAGCCUGAGAAGCCACACCUAGUGUACAUGUUCUGACAGAGAGAUGAAAAAAAUGAAAAUGAGCAGAAAAAUAUGUGAAUACACACUUAUUUAUUAUUAUUACUUAUUACUUACUUAUUAAUAUUAUACCGAGGACUGCCUUGUCAUGUAUAGCAGUGAAUGACUGUAUAUAUGAAAAGACAACAUGGUGUCAUUUACUCCCAUCGUGUGCUUCUGAAGCCUAAAUUUGUUCGAAUUGAAAAUCGUCAUGGGCUGUACUCUCACUGAGAACUUCAGGUGAGUGUUGGGAAGAUUUUAAAGCUUUGUGUCACGACUGACUGAGCUACCAUUUGCUAGCUAGCUGACGUUAUCUAAUUCAUCAUGUCCAAUCAGUACAACAUUUUUUUUUUUUUUUUUUUGAGGAAAACAUCACCGCGUUCCAUAAGUUACUCACCUGAAUGGUGGAGAAGUGAGCUCUUUUAUGCUCUCAUUCUGUAUCAAGGAGUAUGUUUAAAAAGGGAGUGGCUCACUAACCUAGCUACCUAAAUGAACAGAAUGUUCACAGAAUGUUCACAGCUUGUUCUUUCAAUUUGACGUGAUAGAACAAGACUUGGCUUUUCUACAGAAAUGUCAAAGUUGUCAACACUUUAAAUCUCUGAUGCAAAGAUGUCAAAAGAGGUUCACUGGGCUGUAGUCUCAGUAAGAGCGUCAUGGGUGUGUUAUAAAGCUUACGCAUGUUAAUGCGACUGGACUCAUUUCAGCUCAUCCCUGAAAAAAACUGUCAAUCACAUUAUUAACAACGCCCUUUUAAUUAUCAUCAAAUCACUCUGAUAAAAUGCAUUUAUCAUAAGGAAAAGAUAGCAAGGUCAGGGGAACAUGUAAAAACAACAGAACACUGUUCUUGAAAAUCAUUUUUGGAGAUGUGACUUAAAAUGUAAAAUUGGCUUGUUUUCUCCACUAACAUGGGAAUGGGUUUGGUUAGAGAUUGUACUAUGGCCAGCCACUAGAGUGCGUCAGAGACAUU